AUGUGUUACAAAUUUCUUCUCCUGAUACUUCUCCCAGCACUUGCCUACGGUAAUGUCAAGAUUAAAAUCAAAGGAAACAAAAAUAUUACUGACGCUUCAGUCCAGUUCAGUGGCAAAGAAAAAGCAAUUAUCAGUGAAGAGGAACGACAGGCUUUUCAACUUGACGACGAAUCCUUAAAAAGAGCCUCAAAAAUAUUUUCAGGAAAACGUUGCACAGACGUCUUUCUAAAACGUCCGACGCCCUGGGAAGAUGUUUAUCGUAAAUUUGGCUGGAAAGAGAUCAAGAGAACUCUAAAACCAGUACAAGCUCGAAUAAUCGGUAUUAACGUGAAACCAGUAGCUAUUGCUACAGCAGAGUAUAAAAAUAAUCAAACAGCAUAUACAGUUAAACACAAAGCAGCAGUUAAACAAACUGUAGAAGAAACUGUUACUCAUACAUGGAAUAAAAGCAAAGAAUUGACCAUUGGAAAAGAUUUUAGUUAUACCAUACACUUUGGUAAGGGAAAUACUGGUGGUAAAAUUAGUUUAUCCCAUACCUCGAAAUGGGGUAAUGAUACUACAAAAGAAAGGAAAAUAACAAUUGGAACUAAAUCGAGUGUUGAAGUUCCACCUGGUGAUGGAGUAUUGGCAACUCUAGUUGCCACGCAAGUUACAAUGGAAAUUGAAGUUGAAUACGAAGUCACUGUUGCUGGACACGUCUUUUGUAACUAUCAAAAUGGGUAUAGGGGUCAUCAAUGGUGGGCGUAUCCCCUAUGGUUACUUCAAAAGGAUGGAAGUUUACCGACUUUGGUGAAGUCUAGUGAGAGAAUAUCGAUUGGUUUCUAUACGAAUAUGAGGAUUGAGUUGUCAGAUUUAGAGACAGGCGCUGUCGUCAAAACAGUGGAUGCUCAAAUCAUAAAAGUACUUGACUUUGAUAAAAACUAA